ACGUUGUUUCCACAUCUCACUUUCUCAGUGUAGUCUUCCAAGCAGCAUGUAGUAGCCGUCCCAGGCAUCCAUUGGCGUGGUCACACAGUGUUAUGUAGACCUACAACCAUGAGUAAUAUACCGAUAUUGUUUAUUUUCUCUUUAAUUUUAAUUUCAACAAACGCACUGCCAAUUGGACUUAAAAAUGAAGAACUUCCAAAAAUAGUAGUAGCAGAUAUCAGUGAAAAUGUGACCAACGAUGAAAGGACAGAAAACGACACAGUGAGUGAUAUUAAAGUUAGUGACCGGGCUCUGGCAAGAGCAUCUGUAAGACCUGGGAUGGUAGUUCAAAGUUAUGCUGUUCAAUUGGAACCAAACGAAGCGAACGGAGUAUUCAGUGGUUCAGUGGUUAUUGUUGUGAAUAUCAUUGACGCGGCGACAAGAGAAGAUGACAUCUUAUUCCAUAUUAGUGACUUGGACGUCACUUCUGUGGUUUUCGCAGUUGGCGGAGGAACAAACUUUAUGGAAGCGAACUUCUUUGAGGAUGAUGGGCUUUUGGUAAUACAGACAGGAGUGAUGGCAACGCUGUAUUCAUUUGUGAUAGAAUUCAAUGGGAACCUGGACCCAGGUUUCGGAUUAUAUUCUGGUUCUUACGCUGGUGCAAACAACUACUUGGCUAUGAACUUGCACCCGACCUAUGCAAGACGUGUGUUCCCGUGUAUCGACGAGCUGACUGAAGCAUCCACCAUAUCAUUCGCUAUCAAUGGUGUUGACUAUCCUGUCAUACUUUCCAACUCUUUGCCUGAAGAAAAUAAUCCGAAUCAGUUCCGUCCUCUGCAAGGGCCACCCCACCUUUGGGGUAUGAUUGCUCACAACUACAAUCCAAUCAACACCCCGAUCGCUGGAGUCUCCUUGAUAGCAAGACCUGGCGUGACUAGCCAGGACCGAGCGUCUGUAGCUAUCAACUCCUUCAUGACCUGGCUAAAUGAGUGGACUCAGAAGAAUUACUUCGAAAUUGUCGUUAAUCAAGCCGCAACAAUGAAUGUGAUAGCCAUUCCCGAUGUUGCGAAUAGUUGGUACUCACUCUCCAUUGUUGGUAUCUGGGAACCCUACGUCUUAAUGCCUAUAACUCACUCGGUAAUGCAACGGAAGAUUGGGUUGGUGGCCAUCGCGGAGGCAAUGUCGCGACAGUGGUUCGGCUACGUGCUAUACCCAGAAAACUGGAUCCACAACUGGGUUCUCACUGGUAUAGGCACUUAUGCUGCAUACGAAGCCGUUAAAGAUCUUGAAACUAACCCGAAUGGAGAGGAUGACACUCUUUUGGACGUCGACACCAUGUUUGUGGCUGACGUGAUACAAGAGAGCUUGCUUCGUGAUGGCUACACCACCACCGCUUUGGUUCUUCAACCUGACGAACUUAUAAUAGAAGAAGAUGAUGUCAGACAAAAAAUAUAUGGUCUUAUCGAGUACAAAGCUCCAGCGAUUAUGUCUAUGUUAAGACUUGUGCUUAGUAAUGCCGACACAGAUUUCAUACAAGUCGCCGCAAGAGGACUCUUCAUCAGCAGGUCGCUUCAAACUGUGAACACUUUGAACUUCAUAGACGCUAUAAACAGUCAGUGGGCGUCGCACCCAGACCGAAUCAUAGGAGACAUAGAGGAGUUCCUAGAGCCAUACAUCACCUCCCCAGGCUAUCCAGUCGUCCGUGUUCACAUCACACAAGGAGGAUUGACUUUAAACCAGCAACAUUUCCAAUUUAAUACACCAGCAGUACCUCAAACAUUCCAAAUUCCGCUGACGUUUACGAGGAGUAUUGAUAGGAAUUUUGACAAUGUUCAUCCAUUUAUGAUUCUGGAUGUGGCCACGUUUUCUCACAAUAUCGAAAUUGGUGGUGAAGAAGAUUGGGUGAUUUACAAUAUCCAAGGACGAGGAUACUACCGCGUUUGGUAUGAUAAUGAUCUUAUGGAAAGAUUACAAAUGGCUCUUGAAGACCCUGAGCGUAGAGAAGAAAUACAUCCUUUGAACAGAGCCACUUUGAUCGAUGACUCACUCAAUUUAGCAAGAGGUGGCUUACUUGGAUACGAUCUAGCACUGCAACUGGUCUUAACGAUGGAGCAUGAAACAAACUAUGCGGUAUGGAGAGCCUUUAUCAGGAAUAUGGAGUUCAUCCAGAAACGAUUAUUGGCAAUGGUGGCUGAUGAUGAAGACUUGGACCCGGACAUAUACUUGAGAUUGGUGCGACGAACCAUUGGAGCUAUAGAGAACGAGCUCGGCUUCAAACCAGACUUAACUGAGCCAGCCAUGGACUCUCUGACGCGCGGCAUCGUGAUGGACCACGCCUGCCGCGCCGGCUAUGACCCAUGCAUAGCUGCAGCUGUUGACUGGUUCUAUGACCCGAAUGCUGCCGAGCCUACUGUAAAUCCGAAUAUUCCUCACGAUAUUCGGCCCGCGGUAUUCUGCACAAUGGUGAAGGAAGGCGGUAAUGAAGUCAUAGACGCUCUCAGGGCCCGUCUUGAGAUCGAGACCACGAUGUACGAGCGAUUGGUCAUCCUGGAGUCUUUUGGUUGUUCCCAGGACGGAGGCUUUAUUAACGGGCUGCUCGCUGAGACAGUGGCAGCAAACAGUCCGUACAGCGUGGAGGAAAGAGUCAGGAUAUUCAAGGCGGUCGUCACCUCAAGCCAAGAUAAUGCUUUCAACGCAUUACAGUUCAUAAUACAGAAUACGGGUGCAAUAAGGCAGAGAUAUGGUGGGGAGAAAAAACUGGAAGAAGUCAUUUUCGUUCUAGCGGAAAACAUGGUGGAUCCAGGUCUAGCUACUGACUACCAAACAUGGGUGUUCGGCCAGCUCAACAGUCUUGGCUCGUCUGAAGCAGUAGCACAGAGGUUCAACCAGUUGGUGCAAGAGAACCUGCAGUGGGACAACAGGUACAGAGACUUCGUCUACGAGUGGAUCGAUGAGAAUGACGCCACUACCGCAGCUCUAUCCAUGUUGUUAGUCUGUAUAACGGUUGUAUUGACGUUGUUCAAUCACUAGCUACAAUACACUUAGCCUAGGCGCAGACCAUCGAUUUUUCGUCGGCUGAUAGUUUAGUCGGGCAGUUGAUCAGUAUGGGCAUUGGGCAUGUAUGGAAAUGUGCAGUUUCGGCCCAACUAUCGGCCAAAUAAAAAUCGUUGGUCUGCGCUUAGGCUACUUGUAAUAUUAUGUACUAGGCGAGUUAAUUUAAAGAACAACGAUGCCGUAGAGUCGUUGUGUUAAAAUAUUUAUUAGUAAUUAGGAAAUAUUUUUAAGAGUUUAUAGUAAUAGUAUUCUCUUUGAGAUUUAUGUUUAUUUUUAUAAUCAUGCGUAUAUUAAUAUGGUAGGUUUUACACCUUAUGUACAUGGGUUAUUAAUUAAUUUUACUAAAAAAUUAUGAUAUAGAGUUUAAUGGAUUUAGAUAUUUUAAAACGGUUGUGGGUUUAUACAAGUACGUAUCGUUAUACUAAGUGAGAUUGAAACCUAAUACUAUCUUUUUGAUAGUAUAUUUCGUUUCUUAGUGAGUUUUUUGGGUCCUUUUUUGCAACCUAAAAUGGAGUAUGGUCACAUUCUGUUACGCAUAAUGUAACAGAAAUGUUUGAUUUGUUUUUUUAAUUAUUAUUAUUAUUAUUGAAUAUGCAACUAUAUUAUAAUGUAAGAAAAUGUUAUUGUUAUUUUAAAAUAUUAUUAUUCACAUAAAAAUAUAAUAAUCCUUAAAAUAUUAAUUGUUUAUGUAGAGUGAUUGAGUUGUAUGAAAAUUGCACAAAGUGAAAUAUAUAAAAUUAAGAAAUAUUGUAAUCGUUACUUAAUAAUUUAUUAUUUUAAUUAUUAUAAUUAUACAUUAUUCCUUAAUAUCAAUAAUAUAGAGUUAAAACAGUAUUGAAUAUUCUUAUAGGAUAAGGUUUUUUACUGCAUUUUCACUCAUAGUCUUAUGAUAAUUAAAAUAUUUAGACGUAGGAAAAUUAGUAAUUUAAUUAUAGUUACACUGGAUUUGGAGCAAACGCGUCCUCUUGCUUCAAAUGCGGUUUAAUUUAUUAAUUAUUAAGUUAAAAUUGGUUUAUAUUAAAUUUUAUCAAAGCUUAUAACGUUAAAUAAGUUAUAAUUAAGGCACAAUGUUUCAUGUUUUUAUUUUUAAUUUAUCCUUAACAUUUAAGUUUAUUAUAAACUAGCUUUCCGCCCGCGGCUUCGCCCGCGUGGAAUUUUGUCUGUCACAGAAAAACUUUAUCGCGCGCGUCCCUGUUUCAAAAACCGGGAUAAAAACUAUCCUAUGUUCUUUCCCGGGACUCAAACUAUCUCUAUGCCAAAUUUCAUCAAAAUCGGUUGCGAGGUUUAAGCGGGAAAGCGUAACAGACAGACAGACAGACAGAGUUACUUUCGCAUUUAUAAUAUUAGUUGGGAUGUAAAACUUAUUAAAAAAGAUGUAAUGUGUACAUAUUACAUAAAUGUUAUUUAAAAACAUAAUAAAUUAGACUAAGACAAUAAA